UUGCCGGAGGCCACAGGUUUCAUAGCCUGCCCUCAGCUCUGCCCCCACACUCUGCAGUCUGUGCUGAGGCUCAGGCCAGCCCGGCUCCACGAGGACUAAACUAGGGCUUCUUGCCACCUACCCAGGGCUGCUAGGCACCUAUUGAACGGCACCUCUGGAGCUGGGCCAAAAGGUACCUGGCUGCCAGCUUCACGUCAGCUUCCGUUCUGUCCUGCUUCUCCUGCACCUCCCCUGAGUCCUAAUCCACAGGUGCCGCCUUGAUAACCAUCAUGCCGGAAGUUGAGAGGAAAUCCAAGAUCACUGCCUCCCGCAAACUCAUGCUGAAGAGCCUGAUGCUAGCCAAGGCCAAGGAGUGCUGGGAGCAGGAACAUGAGGAACGAGAGGCUGAGAAGGUGCGGUACCUCGCGGAGCGCAUCCCCACACUGCAGACCCGAGGCCUGUCCCUCAGCGCCCUGCAGGACUUGUGCCGAGAGCUACAUGCCAAGGUGGAGGUCGUGGAUGAGGAGCGCUAUGAUAUUGAGGCCAAAUGCCUCCACAACACCAGGGAGAUCAAGGACCUGAAGCUGAAGGUGCUGGACCUCCGUGGGAAGUUCAAGCGUCCACCCCUGCGCCGGGUCCGUGUCUCGGCUGACGCCAUGCUCCGAGCCUUGCUGGGCUCCAAGCACAAGGUGUCCAUGGACCUACGGGCCAACCUCAAGUCUGUGAAGAAAGAAGACACAGAGAAGGAGCGGCCAGUAGAGGUGGGAGACUGGAGGAAGAAUGUGGAGGCCAUGUCUGGCAUGGAAGGCCGCAAGAAGAUGUUCGACGCUGCCAAGUCCCCGACCUCACAGUAGAGGUUGCCUUGCCGGAUGGCACUCUGGGAUCGUGCUUUGGGCCCCUUCCUCCAGCCCACUCACCUAUCUUCCUGCCAAUGCCUGGAGCAUCCCUGCUUCACCUCCCCCCUCCCCCCCAGCCUACACGGCCACCUUUGGAGCCAGGAUGAAAUGGCGCACAGAGGAGCAGAGAGAAGCGAGUGGCGGAGAACUCAACCUACGAGGCACGCUGGUGUUACCCAGUCACACCGAGGGGCCACAGGCUGAGGAGGGAGGCAGAGAGAACACCUUCUCUACAGCCCCAGAUCGCCACCCUCCAUUUCUGUCGCUAUCUGCAGUGUCCACCGGCAUCACGACUCUUCAUUAAAAAAAUCCAGGUUC